AUGGACUCAUAUCUUUUGGAGAGCUCGGCCCCCGAGCACGUCAUGGCAGACGACUAUCAGUUGGCCCUCAAGAUCUUCAUGAACAAGGACAUUGUGCGGUCGUUCGGCAUGGUCAGCAAGUUGCAGCCCGCCGCUUUCCGCAACCUCGACCGCGGGCUGAUCAGCGAGGAGCUCUUCCUGAAAAUCACCACCUUGUACUUGACCGAGGUCGGCCUUUUGUUGGACCCGCAGGUGGUGCCGGAGGCCUCCUUGAACAUACAGGACAGGCAGCAGUUGGUGGAGAGCCUCCAGAAACACGUUGUUGUUGACCAGAUGGCCCAUCUUUACGGCGCCCUUGCAGACGCGCCGCUGAACCUUCUUUUCCACAUCUUCUUGCUCUAUUACACGAGCCGAGACGCUCUCCAGGCCGGAACAGACGGCUCCGUGCUCCAGCAGUUCAGUGACACGUACCACGCGCUAGAAUUCCAGGGCCGCCAGGAAGACCGCUUCUUGAAGCGCUGGUUCGACAUGUAUGUGCUCAAUGUCUUGCCGGACGCAGGCGACUUUGCCACUGCCUUUGCCAUUGCGGAGUCCAACACAGUGUUCGGCGGCGCGCUGGCCGUGGCGAAGUUGAAGGAGGUGCAGCGGCUGAAAACACAGCAGGAGCAGGCCAGGAAGAAAGCGCAGAAAGAGCUCCAUGCACGCGAGGCUCGGGCCCGGGCCGCGGAACAGGAGCAGGAGCGCAUCGAUGCUCGUGAGAGAAGCUUGAAGUACCGAAGCAUGCAGCAGAUCCGGGCGGAGCAGCAAUCACAGGAGCCGCCAUCAUCGGCGGGAGGCCCCGGCGACGCGCCGGCGGCGGCCCUUACACUCCAGCGUAUACGGGAGCGUCUUCGGUGCUACUACGUGCUUUCGAAAAACGGCGUGAAGACGCACUCGCCGGUGCUUCUUGCGGUGGUGGUUCUCCUGCUUAUCUGCGGGCUGCUUUUGCGCCGCCGCAAGAUUAAUUUCAGGCAGCGGGUGAAGGAGACUUUGCGGAUGGCGUUCAAGGUCACGUAUCUCUGA